UUCCGGGGAUGGGAGGCGGGAGGAGACCUCAUUUUAAAAUCUUGUUGCUUGGUGCUGUCAUCGUCUCGUUUUGAGACACUGUCCCGUAGGAGAAGGAGGGUCGUCUAGGGUCUGCUGGCCGCGGCGGGAGGCCGCCUUCUCCGUAGCGGUUAAGAAAGAGAAGGAGUGAGGUCGAGCUGUCGGCGCCCAAGUCAAAAGCCCGAAGCAGAUGAAAAAGCUGAGGCAAACAGGGAUUAAGGGAUUUGCCCAGGGUCACACAGCAUGAUGUCUCACAUAAAGACAGAAGAAGAGUUGGAUUUAUUUAAUAAAAGUAUAAAUGACUUUUGGAACAAAUUCCGAAAUACUACACUCAAUGAACACUGUAGUCAAAUGGUGGGGCUGAGAGAUACUUAUAAAGACUCCAUUGAAGCACUGACAGAAAGAUUGUCCACAAAGAUAAAAGAAGAAGAUCGAAUGAUUGAGACUUUUCUGGAAUUCAGGAAUACUAUCCAUAUCCAGAAUAAACUUAUUCAAGAAAAACAAGAUAACCUAUUAAAACUGGUUGACGGUAUACAAGACAAGGAACGAGAAAUGGAAAAACUGACAGAAAGGAUACAAGAUCUUAAAGAAUCAUUGGAUAAGAAAAAAGAAAUUAUUUCUGCUGCUAACAAAGCCAAUAAGGAAAGGUUGAAAAUGCUUCAGAAAUCUUAUGAUUUGUAUAAAGAUCAACUUGGACUGGAAAUUCGAAAAAUUUAUGGUGAAAAACUUCAAUUUAUAUUCCGAUGUAUUGACCCUAAAGCCCCUGAGAAACCAUUCACCUUUAUCCUGCGCAUAAAUGAAGAAGGGGAUUAUGAAGUAUCAGAUAGUGCUCCUCAUCUGGAAUGCUUGGCUGAAUUUCAAGAGAAAGUAAGGAAGACAAACAAUUUUUCAGCUUUUCUUGCCAAUGUUCGGAAAGCUUUUAUUGCUUUGGUCUGUAAUGAAUGUGUAAAUACUGUGUAAAGACUAUAUUUUCAUUUUUUUCCUUACUAUUCCCUUUAAAACUUCUAAAUGACUAUUAUAUGUCUGACUCUUUUUUGAAUUUUUAGUUGUAUUUUAGCUUUACAAGAAUUAAUAAAACUUUAUAGCAUACUUGUGAAAGCAAA